AUGUUUAUUAAUGUGGCAAUUUUUUAUAGGUAUAAAAUACCUAUUCGUGUGCAAGAUGAUUCUGGAACAAUCACUCUAACUCUCUUUGAUAGAGAUGCUUAUAGACUCGUCAAAAAACGUGCACGUGAUCUUAUAGAGAAAAUCAAAAAGGCUGGGGAUAAUCCAAGAUUGUAUCCUUAUGACCUCAAAUGUCUGGGGCAUAAAAAGAUGGCUUUUAAAGUAGAUGUUAAUAGUUUUAAGGAUGCGAUCUCACAAACAGGUGAUAAUUUGACCCCAACAAUGCCUGACAAAUUUGAAGCUACAAGUUCGUUCAAGUAUAAUUCCCCAACAAUAGUAAAAAAACGAAAUGUUGGAGAUACCAUUGAUGUUGAUGAUUAUGAUAACGUGAAUUCGUCCACCAAGGUCCCUCGAUUGAAUUCCAAAGUUGAUGGCAACACAGGUCUAUUAAUACCAAAGCUUGAAAAUAUUGCUCUUUGUGGUGUCCACUGUUCAAACAUUGAUACUUCUUGCUUUAUUUUCGCUGCUAUUCUAUAUUUUAAUACGAUUAUGCUUUUAGGGUUAUCAUUGUAA